UCAAAACUCCAAAUACCUCAUUUUACAUGUGUCAUUUCUCUGCAAAAUAUAUGAAGCUGUGAACAUUAUUAAUUUAAGGAAUUUUCAAUUAUGCUUAUUGGAAUAUGGUUAAAUGGUAUGUUACAUUGAUUUAAUUAUCUUUUCGGACAGAAAAAUUAUUAAUCUUUUUCAUGAAUAUAUGGAUUUUUUUUUAUUUGUGCAUACUUUGAUACAAAUUUUUCAUUUCAUUUGAAUUCUUUUUUAAUAUGGUUAUAUUAGCUUUGUUCGAAUCAUCUGGUUUUCAGUACUAGUAUAUACUGCAUGUUUAGAUUUACCUAUCAUAAUAGUAUAGUAGUAUAUGUUAUCAAUUCCCACAAUUUCGAUUAUAUACAAAUGGUUUUGAGCUUUAGAAUAUAUACAGACUUUCAACAUUGUAAAUAUUUUUAGAAUUGUGCAUACAUGUAUAUUUUUUAGAUAUCCAUUUCUCAAAUAUGCCCAUUACACUAAGGCAUUGCAUAAGAACAAUUUCACAGUUUGUGAAUGCCAUCACUGCCUUCUGUGUAAUAGGAGCCUUGGCAGCCUAGUGAUCCCAUGCUGCAUAUCAGGCGAGCAACAAUAUCUCUUCAAGAUCAAGAGUUUUUUGAGGGACUGGCACUUGAUCAGCAGAGGGAUCAUGAGGAACAGGCAGCCCGAGAAAGGAGAAGAGCGACAAGGCAAGGAAGGAGACACAAUAGAGAGCAACGCCAAAUUGAAAUGCAAGAGGUCAGGCAACAGAAGUUGGAAAGAGUUGGGGAGGAGCCAACUGACAAUUGCUUCACUGUGGUGUUUGUCCUCCAGGACAACACCACAAAGUCCAGAAAAUUCAGACCAGAGGAUAAGAAGCAGUCCCUGUUUGACUUCAUUGAAGGGUCAACUUGUGUAAACAAGGCCAGACUUCUUUUUGGAGGGAAUGUGGUAGAGGACAGCACUGCAUGCCUGAAGGAUUGUGGGAUUGGCAGCAACUGUCGAAUCCAUGUGGAAGACCUACAAGACAAUCGGGAGAGCUUAACUGAGAGUGAGGACGAUGCAGAUGACACAGAAUCUGUACCUGUAAGACAGAUUACAACAGUAAAUGAUAUAAAGGAGUUUGAUGACAGGGUGAAAAGAGCACGGGACUUUUUGUGUAGUGAGAAGAUUGUGAGGGUCCGACGGGACAACAUUGUAGAGAACGUCCUAGAUCGAUAUCGCACUAACCCAAAUCUGGUGCAUCAUCGCAUCAAAGUUGUGUUUGAGCGGGAAGAAGUCGCGGAGGACUUCAGCGGUGUUACACGAGAGAUGUUUAGUGCUUUUUUUUCGAAUUUGCUUUCAGACCUAUUUGACGGUGAUUUAGAAAAAAUCCCUAGGAUGGAUGCAGCUAUCUGUAGCAACGACACUAUGGUCUUGGUAGGAAAAAUCAUAAGUCAUGCGUAUGUGCUGACUGGGAUUUUCCCUAUCCAGAUCUGCAAGUCUGCCAUCAAAUUUCUCCUGUGUGGAAAUGUGGCUGGUGACGAAACUACUCUCUCUUUCCUCCGUGUUUUGUCUGAGGACGAGAGAGCAAUUUUGAAAUCAGCCAUGGCAGACAGGGAGUACAUGAUGUCGGUUUCUGGACAUUUGAGUGUAUUGAGGGCAUUAGGCCCUCAUUGCUCCUCUCAAGCACCGUCACCCAACAAUCUGCAGAGUGUGUUGACUUCCGUAGCUGAAACCGCAGUCCUCUUGAAACCAUUUUGGAUGUGGUUCCAGCUACACACGGGAAUGAGGUGCUAUCCCUCACUUUGGAUGGGUUUGUCUGGCCAGGUAGUCGAGCAGAUGUUUGACCGACUGAGACCUACUCCAGCCAAAGUGUUGGAGUGCAUCUCAUCUGCACACUCUGAUGAUACAGAUUUACAGUUUGCUGAGUACAGAGUGUAUGGCUACCUGGAGCAGUUUAUCUCCUCCUUGAAUGCAGAGAAGCUUGAACGCCUGUUGCAGUUUUGGACUGCCGCAGACAUUCUGUUGCAGGUAGACUUGCUCGUUGCCUACAACUCCCUGCAAGGUACGUCAAUACGGCCUAUUGCAAACACCUGUUCUCAGACCCUUCAGUUGAGUAGGUUUUAUGUGUCUUAUCAAGAUUUCAAGCAUAAUAUGGAUUGUUAUAUCUUCACAAACGAGACACACAUUUUUGAUAGUGUUUAGUCAAGUUGUCUACUUGCAUACCACCAUCAGGGCUUGCAAAUAGGCUCGCCCGACAUCCCGUAACAACCAUAAAUGUAGUCGGGCAACUGAAGUUGCAGUCACGUCUGCCCGACCGGGCUACUAGUUUUUCAACCCCAAGUUUAAUAAAAGUUGUUUGAAAUGAGGGCUUGCGGAAGUUCCCCUUUACUCUUUACUUCACAAAGACUGCAUUUAAUUACUUUUUGGAGUAAAAGUUGUGUUCUGUUGGAACAACCUGCUCAAAUAUAUGUGCCAAAUAUGCCACAUGUAAGUGCCAAAUAUGCCACAUGUAAGUGCCAAAUAUGCCAAAUGUAAGUGCCAAAAAUGCCACAUGUAAGUGCCAAAUAUGCCACAUGUAAGUGCCAAAUAUGCCACAUGUAUGUGCCAAAUAUGAAGCUUGCUUUUGAAAUUUCAAAAUGAAGGGUAUAGUGCUUUGUUGUUGUUUCUUGACUGUGGUAAAUAUAGGUGAGGAUGUUGCAUUAGGGAUAUGUUGGAAUAAAUCAGUCCUACUCUUUGAAGCAAAACCAUUUAUUUAUAUUUACAAAUGUAGUGAGUGUAAAUAAAGGUAGACACAUCAUAUAUUAUUGGAAAGGUAACUGCAUGAAUAAUCUAUUGGUGCAUACAUAAAAUUUAAAUUUAAAACACGUGCCACAAAUUUUUGAAGCACAUUGUUGUAAAUAGUCUCAUAUCAAAGAGAGAUAGGGCAAGGAUUUUGUUUAUACUGUCGUAGUUUUUAAACUACAGGAUAACAGAUUGCUGACCAACUUGAUUUAAUAAAAAAUACAUGUAAUUCUCAAACAAAAGCAG